AUGGCGUUCGGCGGUCUUUUGGAAGGUUUUCUCGAGGAAAAGUCGUUUGGCAGUGAAAGAAAACAACGUCCCAGGCCGCACAGUCUUGUUCAACGACGGUUCAGCACCGCAGUAUGUUUUUCAAUUUUGAAAGUUUGAAAUGGGAAAGUCAUCAGAUUACUAAAGAAAUCAUUAAAAGCUUAAAAAGGAAAACUUUUUUCAUCCAUUAGAAGUCUUAUCAGGGCGAGGCCAACGUCGAGCGCGGAGCUCUGAAGAAAAUGAGCGUGGUUUCGGUCGACGCCUCGUCUCCCAGAAACUCUUGGCAGCGUUAG